UCACGUGAUCGCGACGACAGACUAGCUAGUCGCUUCAGUGCGGGCUCGAGAAGGGGAGGCUGAGGACAACAAAACGCAUUAGUGAGAAGUAUUAAUAAUAAUAAUAAUAAUAAUAAUAAUUGAAAAUAAACGUAACCUUUACAACGGGGGUAUAACGUACACAAGGAACGAGAUUAAUAAGUUUGUACUGAGUCUCCAGCCUCAAUGCCCGGCUUUGCCAGAGUUCACUAUGACAGCCAUAGACGACUGUACAGCAGUGAUGCAGAACGGGGGUACUGUGUGGAAACGGCAUUAACGAAAGCACAUUUCAAACGUUAAUAACCGUAGGAGCCCUGAAGGUUUGCAGCUUCUAGAAUAAUGUCCUCCCAGGAGAAAGGCUACAUGGUUCCAGGCGAGAACAACCCCCUCCAGAACUCUGUUUUUGGCUUCCAGCAGCCGGGUGGUUUUGGGGCACCUCCACCCGGCUAUGGGCCUCCCCCACCAUCUUACGGGGGGCCACUCUCGUAUGGUGGCCCUGGGUUGGCUCCCGGAGCCUUUGGCCAGCCAGCUUUCCCACAGGGGGCCCCAGGCUUCGAUCCGCCCCCCUACCCCAACCAGCAACCUCCAUUUCCACAGAUGCCCUUUCCCCAAGGACCCUCUCUCUACCAACAAGGACAACAUCAGCCGGGAUUCCAGCCCAAGGGGCCUUCCAAUACUGAUGAUCCCUCUGUUCCUCUGAACAGUCCUGGAUACCACCAGGAAGACAUCCCCCCGUCGUAUUACGACAAUGAAGACUUCACCCCCUCAAACUGGGAAGACAAGAUCAUUCGGCAGGCUUUUAUCCGCAAGGUGUUCAUGGUGUUAACUUUGCAGCUCAUGGUAACCUUUGCAUUUGUGGCCGUGUUCACAUUUGUGCAUGAGGCAAAGUUGUUUGUGCGCAGUCAUCCCUGGACGUACUACGUGUCUUACGCAAUCUUCUUUGUAUCGCUUAUCGUGCUGAGCUGCUGCGGGGACUUCAGACGCAAGCACCCGUGGAACCUUAUUGCCCUGUCUGUUCUGACCCUAAGCAUGUCUUACAUGGUGGGGAUGAUUGCCAGCUUCUACGACACGGACUCUGUGGUAAUGGCAGUGGGGAUCACUGCCGUAGUCUGCUUUACUGUGGUCCUGUUCUCUCUUCAGUCAAAAUACGACUUCACCUCCUGCCGAGGUGUGCUGUUCGUGUGCCUCAUUGUGCUGAUCCUCUUCUCCAUUCUGUGCAUCUUCAUCCGGAACCGCAUCCUGCACAUUGUCUAUGCCUCAGUGGGAGCCCUUCUCUUCACUUGUUUCCUGGCCGUGGACACCCAGAUGCUCCUUGGAAACAAGCAGCUAGCUUUGAGCCCUGAGGAAUACAUCUUUGCUGCCCUCAAUCUCUACACAGACAUCAUCAAUAUUUUCCUCUACAUUCUGGCCAUCAUUGGCAGGGCCCGGGAGUGAGAGAUGCAGGAAAGAUAAGAUGCUUUGUUGGAAGUAACAGAAGCAGAUGCAAUACCCUACUUACUUUUCUGUGAAUACUCAAUACGUUUAAUCUGUAUGCACAGUGAUUUUUCUUUUUUUUCACAUUUAUUCAUUUUAUAGCAGUUUUCUACUUAGUGUUGUGUUUUAAACAUAGUGAUCCUUGAUAGAAACCAUGUGUGAAAAUAUUUUUUUAAAAACAAACAAAACUAAUGUUCUUUACAAAAUGCCUGUUUCCUUUCCCACCAGUGUCAGGGUUUUUAGUUUUUUUUUCAGUAAUGUAAAGGCAUGUGAGCAGCUUUGUCCUGUCCUCCGACUCGCAAAACUCCACGUACCAAACUAACAUUGUUCUUCAUUCCCUAAACUCUGUUCAGAUGUCUGCUGAUUCAUAUGGUUGCUAGUGUUUGACACAGUUUCUAUUUCGAGUCUUGCAUUUUUAAACAUUGUAUUCACUUCCCGCUCUGCUGUGAUUGCUCUUCUAUGAGCUCAUUAUUUAGUGACAGCUGAUAUAGCAAGACUUUUCUCAGUUUUCCUUUGAUAAGCUUGCUUAUGUCACAUUGUAAAAAGAAGACCAAGGCACAGGUUGAAACUGUAAAAUGUUAGUAACCGAUGCUAAUUGACUGCAGUGUCUCCCGUCGGCUAGCUGAACUCUCCCAGUUAACUUAUUUCUGCAAUGUUAGAAAUGCAUGACAAAUUAAAACGAGAAGUUUGAAAAAAAUGAACUCAAAAAGCAAGUCCUAUUCUAAAUAUACUAAAUGCAUUCCUAUAGGUGUAUUGUAACGAGAUACGCUUCCAAUAAUAAAAAUAGCUUUGCAACCCCGGUCAGUGUUAUUGCGACAAUAUUCCCUUUGACUGAAUGCCCUAUAUUCCAGUUUUGACGUGUAGUCUGUGCACAACUUUUCUGUGGAAGAUUCUGUGCUUCACAGAACGUACGAAGAUGAAGCUGCUGUACAUCAGAGUCUUUGUCCAUCAUAUUCCCCAGGAAUAGGUGCUCUUGCAGUGUAUGACUAAAACCUGGCAACUUUAUAGUUGCUCUGGAUUUAUCGUUCUUUAUUUAGAAGGAAGGGUAGUUAAGAAUCGGUGCUAAUACCACACUGUCCAUGAAAUAAAAUCAAAUAAUGUUAACUGCAAAAGUAAUUUAGAAAAUAUAAUUUUCUAUUGAGUCUUUUUCACGUGUUUGUUUGUGUGUUUGUUUUUAAAAUAAUAUAGCCAUCAUAAUGUAAAUUAGAAGGUGUAAUGGAUCUAUGAGUUAUUCUCAAAGGGCAGGCAUUUUAUUUAAAGAAAUGUGCUUUACCUUGUGCUUCUCAUACAUGCAUGCAUUUUGUUGAAGACCAAUGUUCUCCUUGCCUUAGGUGGCAGACUGCAAAACUAUUGUGUACUGUCUAAAAUGAUUUGAUAUGCUUGGUAAAACUGUGGGGGAGAACUUUCUAUUUUUUGCUUGUAGAAUAGGCGUUUUAAAUGUUUAAUUUGUAUUUGGAAUAAAUACAUUUAUGAACCCUGAA